AUGGCGUCUAUACCAGUAAUUGUCAAGCAUCAGGGCAAGAAGCAUGAGCUCGAAGUCGAUACCACGUCUACAGGCGAGACGUUCAAGUACCAGCUCUUCUCCAUCACCGGCGUCGAGCCCGAGCGCCAAAAGGUCAUCGUCAAGGGCGGCCAGCUUAAAGAUGACACGGAUAUGAGCAAACUAAACCUCAAGCCCAACCAGGUCCUCAUGAUGUUGGGUUCGCCUUCUGGUUCGGGAAGAGUCAUCGAGAAGCCCAAAGCCCCCGUAAAGUUCUUGGAAGACAUGGACGAGGCCGAGGCCGCACAGUUGGAAGGCGCCACACCGGCCGGUCUGCAGAACUUGGGCAAUACCUGCUACAUGAAUUCGACGCUCCAGACUCUGCGCUCCAUUCCAGAACUCCAGGAAGAGCUUCUGCGGUACACUGCCAGCCAGGACUCCGGCUCGUCUAGCUCCGCUCACGCACUCAGCCAAUUCGGUCUCGGUGGCCUCGGUGCCUCUACAGAUUUGACAGGCUCCCUCCGCGAUCUAUUCAAGCAAAUGUCCGAGACUCAGCAGGGUUUCCCGCCACUGGCCUUCUUGAACGCUCUCCGAACCGCAUUCCCCCAGUUCGCCCAAAAGUCAAAGGACGGCCACGGCUAUGCGCAACAAGAUGCGGAGGAGGCUUGGUCACAGAUUGUCUCGCAGCUGCGCCAAAAGCUGAAGAUCAAGGACAACGAGACGGGUUCAGACGCGACCAAGAAGCAAGAGCUGUCCUGGAUCGACAAGUACAUGGCCGGCAAGUUCGAGUCGGUCAUGGAGUGCGAUGAGCCAGGCGCCAAGGAGGGUGGCGAGGAGCCGGUACACAGCGAGGACCUAUUCUUCAAAUUGAAUUGUCACAUUAAUGUUGAGACAAAUCAUCUUAGAGACGGUCUGGCCGCUGGCCUCAAGGAGCAGAUUGAGAAGAGGUCCGAGGUUCUGGGCAGGAACGCCCUGUACACCAAGACAUCAAAGAUCGCACGCCUGCCAAAGCACUUGCCCAUCCACUUUGUGCGCUUCGACUGGAGACGCGAUACCAACAAGAAGGCAAAGAUCAUGCGCAAGGUCACUUUCCCCGAGGAGUUGGACGCGCUGGAGUUCUGUACAGACGAACUGAGGAAGCUCCUGGUCCCUAUCCGCGACAAGAUCCGUGAGGUCCGCAAGGAAGAGGAGGACGUCGAGCGUGCCCGCAAGCGACAGAAGCGCAUGAAGGCCGGCGAGGAGAACGACACUGACCCCCUUGCCCACAAGGAGCCUCUGCAGAAGAAGAAGGAGGCUGCACAAAAGAAGGAGGAUGCCGGAAAGCCAGCCGAAGACACCAAGAUGGAAGAGGUCGAGUACAAGACCGAUGCUCAAGUAGAGGCUGAACGCGCCGCAUCCAUCUUGGCUGCAAAGAAGGAGCUUCUCGCUCUCGUGGACCCCAAGAUGGCUGCCGACGAGGGAGCGAACCAGACGGGUCUUUACGAGCUUAGGGGCGUGAUUACCCACCAGGGUGCCAGCGCUGACAGCGGUCACUACACAUCUUUCGUCAAGAAGCAGGGUGCCAAGGAUCCCAACACCGGUAAGCGGAAGGAGGAAGACGGCAAGUGGUGGUGGUUCAAUGACGAGAAGGUCUCCGAGGUCGAUGCUGAGAGGAUACAGACUCUGUCUGGUGGUGGCCAAAGUCACUCGGCUCUUAUCCUCCUAUACCGCGCAGUCCCCCUACCCUCUAUUGAUGAGGAUGUGCAGAUGGGCGAGGCAUAGGCAAAGCAUUCAUGAAUCAGUCAGCCUCGUCGCCAUCCUAAGUAACGCAAGUGGAAAAAUGUUUAACGCAUAGCAUUGGCGUUGAUCAGCUGGGCAAGCUAGGGGACAGUGCUGUAGAAAGCAUGAUUCACGAUUCCAUGACUUCUAGAAUUGCAUUAAUAGACUAGUUUGAUCUGCCA